UUUGGUCUUUGGUUGAUCGGUAACCUGCUCAGUUGGUGGUUGUGUGGCAAUCAGCACCAGUUUGCCUAUGAACCUGUGUACGGGACUUUGCUCUAUGCGUUCUACCAUACCCGUCUACAUUGAUUCGUACGUACAGUGCGUACCUACCUCGUCCGAAAAGCCAACGUCUUAUGAUGAUGCACGUGUUCAAGAAUAGAUCAACUAUUUCCAACGAUUUGCCUUCAGCAUUAGUAUUGUACAGUCCCUUGUCGAAUAUGCAGCACUUGGUGUUGUUUUGAUAUACCAGGUGAACUGCUUAUGGCGUAGCAGCAAUCGACGGUGAAACACCAUCUCAAGGCCAAGUAACUCGUACGUCUCAUGGUGUUCCACCGUCACGUUGAGGGUUUCUCUGUACGCUCCAUAAUUCGGCAAGCUAAAGCGAUGCUUUAAUUUGGUGGCGUAUUGUCACUUUGGGUCAAAUGGGAAGGGUAUUGAAGACAGUUCCUUCCCUCAGGAUGUUUCCAAUAUUGGAUUAUCGAAUCCCAAUAUGGUUGAGCGUUUUCCAAGAUAAUAACUCCUCCAAUAUUGGACCGGUGAACAACGGGUCGCUCGCAAAACGAGUAUCACAUUCAAUAGAAGAGACACUGUGAAGUCAUGGGGCUAAUCUAAAUCAACCGGCAAGACGUGACAAGAGAUUUUCUUUAACCCAUGAAUAAAACGAGCGAAGCAAAUAAAACCCUGACCAAGUUUAACACGGAUUUGAUUUUAAUUCAAUCGAAGGAAGGGGAAUGUAUCCAUGAUCUAUCAUUAAUGUGUUGGAUCGCUUCGAUUGAAAAAUGGAGGAACCUGCUAUUUCAAAUACCUUUAUUCCCUCAGUGUUUCUGUUCCUUCACGAGUGGAACACCGUUGAGGAUUUGGAGAAUGAACGGGAGGGCGAGCCUCCAUUUGAAGCCUGGACCUCGACGGAGAAGUAACUGCGACAUGGAAACUUUCACUCGUAAAUAUUCUCAACAUGACCAACGACAAUUGUGCUUCAACGAGGCCUUGACGAACUUCUUGAUUUGUGACUGCAUUUCACCCGAAAUCCUGGAGGGUGAAGGCUUUCAGAGGCUGAUCGAAGAGUUGGAUCCAAAGUUAAGAAUUCCAAUCUCCGACAUGAAGAAGAAAGUCCUAGGGGUUGAAUUCCAGAUCCAAAAAAGGGUCGAGGCUCUUCUUCAAGAGGCCAGAGAGAAGGCAUUGAGUGUUGGAGUGUUACAAAAGUCCCUGCAGAGUCAUAUCGGGGCUCAAGAGGAAGUGGCCUUAGGACUGCAGUUCAUUGACACUGACUUCAGACUAAAAUCGUUGAGCUUACGAUCGCAUUUCAAAACGGACUUUGACUUCAACGAGGAGGUGAACCAAUUGGAAUUGCCUGAUGACUGCCUAAUAUUCGGUGGGGACCAGUUUGACCCCCGAUGGAUGAUUCCCAAUCUGAAGGGCAUCUUUGAGGAAUCGCUGAGAGUGGCAUGUGGGCAUAAAGUAUUGGAUGGAGCAAUGGCUAAAGGGCAGGAUCUCAUCAAAAAUCUCACCCUAAAGAACAACGUACAAGCACAUGUUGGUCUUCAAUGCCACAAGAUGGGCAUUAAAUGCCCCGUUUUCAACAACAUCUCGGAUCAAGAUGACCACGUAUUGAUCAUGAGCACCUUUGUCGCACUCGAGGGCCCCCUGAAGGUCCUUGAAAUGUACGAAGAAGUCCAUCCCUUGGUACCAUGCCCAGCAGAAUGGAGUUGCCUGAAGAGGAUUGCGAACGUGUACAAAGAAUUCAUGAAACUUUUAAGUGGCUGGGAGGCCUGGCGAAUGCUUACUACUCACAAAGUCAUCCCAGAGGUUUACGAUCUGUCGGCCAAGCUCCAAAGACAGUUGGUCGAGAUCCAGGGCGAUAACAACCCUUGUGUGGACGUCCUUCAGGCUCUCUUGGACACUCUGAAUUGUCUUUUACCAAGAUGUGGGAGCAAAGUGCCCGUCCUCGCCAUUGGAAACCUCCUUGAUCCACGAUUUCAUGGCGUUCAUUUGGAACAUCAUGAUUGCUUCGACGCAACGCGAUCGAUUCUUGAGGCAGAAUGCGCCAACGCCAGGAACCUGAAGGCACCUUCCAGUUCAGCAUUGGACUUACAUUCACCUUCAAGUCCCUCGGAGAUUUUGGUGAAACGCUUGAAACGUGAGCCGGAAACGGCGGAUAUUUGCUUGCAAGCGGAAAUGGAUCGGUACUUAGCCUUACCCGUCCUCAAGUGCAGUUCGACAGAUCUCGACAUUCUGAAAUUCUGGAGACAAAACGAAAUAAUUCUGCCAAAUUUGGCGCGAAUGGCGCGGAAGUUUCUCGUGGUUCCAGUGAUUCCAGUAACUCAUCUCACCGCUGAGCAGCAAACUCCCAAUUUCUCUACUAUGAACUUUAUCAAAUCAAACUUCCAAUCUCUACAAUGUUAAGAAAUGGUUUAGACAACAAAUAAGUAUAGAGUGACAAUGCAAAAAUAUACCUCUUGUCCAU